GUUAUUAUUGGAUAUGGCAUAAUCAUAUUGGAAGUCUAAGCGUACUCCAAGUGGCAAUAUAGAGUUAAUAGUAUGGUGGCUUUUAUAGUUGACAUUUAUUCUGUGUUUUGAUGACCCAAAAUAGCAAUUCUGCACAUGGGUUAUGCUGACCUCUCCUUUAAAGAGUUCUCAGUUUACGUGGAUGUUAAUAGCCUAAUGGAGUCAUCUUCAAUCUUUCAACUCUCCUUCUCUCCACCAAAACCUGUUACUCAAUCACGCAAAUCUAAUCCCUUUUAUCUUCGGAAUUGUCCAUUGAAGCAAAGCCCUUUGCGAUCGACUCGUCUUUUCUGUCACAAAAUGUUUGUCCCAGGAUUUGGAGAAGCAUCACCAGAAGCAAAAGCAGCUCAGAACCUCCAUAGUUUCUUCACAUAUGUUGCUGUAAAGAUUGUUCUUGCUCAGCUUGAGAGUUAUAACCCUGAGGGACAUGUGGAAUUGAUGGACUUCGUACAAAGUAACUCCUUGAACGAUGGGGAUGAAUUUUGUGCGAAUCUUAUGCGAGUGUCUUCAAGGCAUAAAGGUCUAGCCCUGCGCAUUUUAGAGGUAAGAUCUGCAUACUGCAAAAAAGAUUUUGAGUGGGACAACUUAAACAAGUUAGCUGUGAAGAUGGUUGAUGAUUCUAACACAAGAAUUAUGAGGGAUUAUGUUUUGGAGACCAGUCAUUUGGAAAAGGAAAACUGAUAACACUACUCUCAUACCUACUUAUCUAUGUAUAUACGGAUAUUCACACUGUAACAUGUUUAAAGAUUAUGGAAUACAAUACUCCUAUUUAAGGUUA